AUGACGCGUGUUACGGACAACGGAACUGUCUCACAGGCCUUCGCAAUGACCAACGAAGUGAAGCAAGGCUGCGCCCUCGCGUCUACCCCCUUCAGUGUCAUGUUCCCUACCAUGCUAGUGAACGCUUCUGUGAUGAACACCCCGGGAUCCGCAUCGCCUACAGGACGGACGGUCACCUCCUCAAUCAGCGGCGGAUGCACUUCCAUUCGCGUGUAUCCGCAACUUCCGUCCAUGAAAUUCUCUUCGUCGACGACUGUGCUCUCAACACCAUCUCGGAAGGGGACACGCAAAGGAUCAUGGAUUUUGAAGAAGGAGACACGAUCGCUGGGACACGAGCUUUAUUAGCCUGACUUUUCGGAUUCCUGCUCGAAUCCAUCAUCAGAGACAGAAGCAGAUAAGGGUGUUUCAUGCAUCAGGGGCUGCAGUAUUUAUAGGAUGCAGUAGCCAUACUGCCGCAUACCUAUGAAUAUUGACAGCUCUCCCCUUCAUCAGGGAUCGUUGCACGUGGUGUAAUGGCCGACAUUCGCGUCCCUGAUGAAGGGGGGAGCCGAGAAUAUUCAUAGGUAUGCUGUCGCAUGGCUACUGCAUCCUAUAAAUAUCGCAGCCCCUUUUGCAUCAACCAUCUGUUUCUGCUUUUGUCUCUGAUGAUGGAUUCGAGCAGGAAUCCGAAACGUCAGGCGAAUAAAGCUCUUGUCCCAGAGGUCGUGUCUCCUUCUUCAAGACUGCUUCCUGGGACACGUCUGUUCGUUUAUAUUGGAUCAUGGAUCUCUUCUCUGCUGCCCGCCACAACCUCAGCCUGGUCAUCAAAACUGAGCAGACGCUGACGUUGCCUUCGUCGCACCCCACAUCAACGUGAACAGCGUCCAACUGCAAGCCGUGGCGAACUUCACCUACUUGGACAGAACCCAUUCCAGCACCACCAAGAUCAACGAUGAACAGGCCCACCGGAUUGCCAAAGCCAGUCAUGCCUUCGGCCGUCUACAAAGCACCGUCCGGAAUCGCCGCGGUCUCCACCUCAACACCAAACUAAAGAUAUACAAGGCAGUCAUCCUGCCGACGUUGCUGUAUGGAGCGGAGCCCUGGACAGUCUACAAGAAGCAGGCGCGAAGACUCAAUCAUUUCCACCUCAGCUGUCUUCGACGGGUACUGAAGCUGAGAUGGCAGGACCGGGUCCCCGACACAGACAUACUGGGACGGAUGGGAAUCCUCACAAUCUACGCCAUGCUGAAACAGCUGCAACGGCGCUUAAGCGGCCACCUCGUGCGGAUGGACAACGAGCGGCUACUCAAAAGACUAUUCUAUGGAGAGGUCGUAGCGGGCAGUCAUCGUUACCCGUCUGGUGUCAUUGUUCAAGACCUCGCUGCCUCAAGUUCAUCCACCCUUUUGCUGUAA